UCUGCCUCUUCUGAGUGAGGAUGGCAACGUACAAGGUGGCUGUGACAACUGGAGACUUGCCGUUUGCAGGAACCUGGGACCUGGUCAGUGUAACACUGCUCGGGUCUGAAGGACAAAGUGCGAAAACGGCCCUCUCUGCCUUGGGAUUUGAGUUUUCUCGAGGAAAAACAAAAACAUAUACCAUAAAAAACAUUUGCUCUCUCGGGACCCUUCUUCUGCUCAGAGUGGAAAAACACCCCUGCUUUAUUUUCCCAGAAGACCAGUGGUACUGCUCCAAAAUAGUGGUGACUACGCCUGACAACAGCACCAUCUUGUUUCCCUGUUACCGGUGGAUAUUCAGAGGAGAGCCUGUGGAGCUCCGAGGAGGCAAAGCAACAAUGGUUUUUGAAGAUGACCACCAACUUCUGAUUCACCAGCGGAAAAAUGAAUUACAACAUAGGAAAACUGUGUACCAGUGGAAGUUUUAUCUUGAUGGACUGCCUCACGGCUAUGAUAAUGAGUCAAAACCCCGUGCAGAAGUCAACUCAACAGAGCCCAGAUCUGCAACGUAA